GAGGCAGAAGAGCCGCCGCGCCGCAGACAGUCAGACAGACAGACAGACAGACAGACAGAGGAUGAAGAUGUUGUCCUCCCUCAGCCUGCGCUGCCUCCUCCUGCUCCUCCUCUCCCUCAGCGCCUCCAUCAGCUGCUCCUCCGCCGCACAGAGAGACUCCAAACUCCGCCUGCUGCUGCACCGGACCCCGCUGCUCAGCUCCAAACAGGACGCGUCUCGCUCCUCGCUGGCGGAGCUGCUCCUCUCCGACCUCCUGCAGAUGGAGAACGAGGCUCUGGAGGAGGACGGGUUCCCUGAAGGCGAGCCGGAGGACAUCCGCGUGGACCUGGAGCGCGCCGCCAGCAGCGGGCCGCUGCUCGCCCCCCGGGAGAGGAAGGCGGGCUGCAAGAACUUCUUCUGGAAGACCUUCACGUCCUGCUGAGCCUUCCUCCUCCUCCUCCUCCUCCUCCUCCUCCUCCUCCUCCUCC